AUGGCUUUAGUCAACGCAGACUAUUGCUUUAGGUACGUAGAUGUUGGUUGUCAGGGUAGAAUUUCUGAUGGGGGUGUUUUCAAGAAUACUAAGUUGUACAAGAAACUCGAAGAAAAAUCUAUGAAAGUCCCCCCACCAUCAAUACUUCAGGUCCCCUAUAGUUUCAAAGUACCUUAUGUCAUUCUGGCUGACAAAGCUUUUGCACUCAAUGAAUACACAAUGAAACCAUUCCACGGAGAACCGGCCAGAGGUUCUCAGGAAAGAAUCUUUAAUUAUAGGCUGUCUCGAGCGCGUAGAGUCGUUGAAAACGCUUUCGGAAUUCUCAGCUCAGUAUUUAGAGUACUACGGAAGCCUAUGUUACUAGAACCAAAAACAGCUACUAAAAUUGUCCUAGCCACUAUUCAUUUGCAUAAUUAUUUGAGGAAAAAACCAAAUACACGAUCACUGUAUACACCACCUGGAUCUCUAGACAGUGAGACAAAUGGGGAACUUAGACCUGGAACUUGGAGAAAUGAAUCUGCCCCUACAUCACUACUGCCUAUUCCUUCAAUCACCACCUAA